GGAAACGAGGUAUGGACUCUGGAGAUGCUUCAAGAACAGACACAAGGACAUAGUGGUGGUGCAUACCUAAGGAAUGGAAGCCUGGAAGACUUUAGUUCCUUCAAAUGAAGAACAAACAGUUUAUUCAACAUGCUGGUUGGUAUGGCUCCCGCCACACUCAAGUCCUCCUUUGUUUCCUCCUCUUGGCCAUCGCCUACGCCAUGAGAGUCAACCUUUCAGUUGCAAUUGUUGCAAUGACAGACAAUAGCACAACUUCAAACCCCGACAUUCCUACUUACGACUGGGAGGACAAAAGCGUCGUCCUUUCGUCCUUUUUCUGGGGCUACGUCGUCCUCCAAGUCUUCGCUGGGCAAUUUGGCAAAACCUACGGCCCACGAUGGUUCCUGGUCGUGGCCAUGACCAUAAAUUCCAUCGUUUGUGUGCUGACACCCAUCGUGGCGGACAAGCUGGGCUCGAAGGGCGUGAUGGGCUGUCGCGUGGUACAAGGGCUAUUCCAAGGGUUCAUUUUUCCGUCGGUUCACAACAUUUUAGGGAAAUGGGCACCGACGCCGGAACGCUCCCGAAUUGGUACCUUCGUCUAUUCUGGUUCGUCGUUUGGUACCAUCAUUGCCAUGCCCAUAACUGGGCUAAUUUCGGCCAGUUGGGUGGGCUGGCCGGUCAGUUUCUACGUUUUUGGGUGUUUUGGGCUAGCUUGGGUGGGCUUGUGGGUGUUUCUGGGCUCAAAUAGCCCAGCUGAGCAUGGGGGGAUUUCACAGGAGGAGAAACACUACAUUGAGGGGACGCUAGGGCAACAGGAACAUAAAGUGGUACCCACGCCAUGGAAGGCUAUUUUCACGUCGUGGCCCAUGUGGGCUAUAAUCGUGGCCAAUUUUGGGCAAAACUGGGGCUAUUCCACUCUACUAACCGAAAUCCCGAACUAUAUGAACAAAAUUAUGCAUUUUGACAUGAAAUCGAAUAGUUUGCUAUCAGCGGCCCCUUAUCUAGCCCUUUGGGCUUUAAGUUUCGUUUUUGGGCCCAUUUCAGACUACCUUAUCAAUCAUAAAGUCUUAUCGCGAGGUUCAGUCAGGAAAAUUUUUAACGCAAUUGGUACUUGUGGGCCUGCCCUAGCCCUUGUAGGGCUAAGUUUCGUCCCUGAGGACCAAACCACCUUAUCAGUGGCCCUUUUAAUCGUCGUGGUUGGUAUCAAUGCUGCUGUUUUUUGUGGUUUUCAAGUGAAUCACAUUGAUUUGGCCCCAAAUCAUGCAGGGACUUUAAUGGGGAUCACAAAUGGUUCUUCGAACAUUUUUUCGAUUAUUGCACCCCUUGUGGUGCAAGUUGUGGUCUAUGAUGAGGCCGAUAAGGCCCUUUGGAGGGUUGUUUUUAUUAUUGCAGCGGCUUGGUAUGUCGCAUCGGCGAUUUUUUAUGUUUUUUACGCCUCUGGAGAAAUACAAUACUGGAAUGAUGAUACAGAGGGGAAGAAAAGUAAAGAAGAAAAAGUUUAGUUUUGUGCUAGUUUUAUACAGAGUGUGUCAGAAUUAACGCCCCAGAGAAAAAUUUUAAAUAAGAUAAGAUACCAAGAACAUGGAAAAAAUU